GGAUGUGGUAUCUAAAAGGAAAUUGGAAAUGCUACCUGGAAAUGGAACCAUUGUGUUAGAUACAGUAUGGCACAUCAACUUGUCAGUGAAAUCAUCAGUACCUGCAGAAAAAUCGAACAGUAUUAAAUCGGCAACUUUAGAGAUGUAUCAAAGCGUAGCGAGAUUAAUUAAGCUAUGCGAUGAUGUUCUCAUAGAUGAUAAAAGCUCAGAACUGGAUAUGGAAAAUGUCAAAGAAAUCGUAACACAAGUAGAAACGUCUGUUCAAAAACUCAUAACAUUAGCUCAAGAAAAGAUCUCUCAUCAACAAAUAACGUAUAAGACUACUCCAAGGUCGUCGUACUGCAAUAGUUUGGAAAUGCCGGCACAACGAAAUUCACUUCCCGAUAUCCCCCUUACUCCUAGAGAAAGGGAGAAGAUUGAACAGACUUCCUGCAUUGCACCCGCUAAAGUUCGAAAUAGUCACAGCACAGAAUCUAUUCUCAGAGAUUCAAUUCCACCACCUAAGCCGCCAUUGCCAGAAAAUCUGCGUCGAUCAAACCCAGACACAUGCAUCACACCACCCCCUUUACCGCCCAAGAAAAAACAUUUCCGAAUGAAACAGUUGAUUGAUGACUGUCAUUUUGUGGAUCAGUCCCCUUCAUCGAACAGUUUUGGAAGAAUUUUGUACAGAUCCAAAUCGCCAGAAGGUUCAGCAUCAUCGAUGAGUGCAGAUAGCGUCGACUCCAUGAUGAAUCAUUCUUCUCGGGAUGAAGAUGAAUUGAGAGAUUUAACAGACGAACUCUCCUUUGAAAAUCUCACAUCUGACUUGGCUGCUAACAGUUCGAAUUCGUUUGAAGAAACUUCUUUGAGUUCGAAUUUAUCAAACCACAACAGCGACUACUUCACUUCUGUCAACGAUUACCAUCGACUGUCGAACACUGAUUCUGGAAUUGUGUCCAUGCGUUCGUCCAGCUACUCGAGAAGUUCGCAGAUGAGCACCACGAGCUCCCAGGUCACGCAGCAAUUUUCGAAGCAGUCGAACUCUCAAAAAUCUUUUCAAAAUUUCAACAAAAGUUUCGACAAUCAGACGGUUGUUAAGAACUUCAGCCAAUCGAACUUCAGUCAAUCAUCCAGUAGCAGCAGCAGUUCUGUCGUCAUGGUUGCCAACAGCAGCUCAUGUAGAGAUGUGGUAGAUUUCGCGUGUGAGGAGGUUCCGCCUGCCAUACCCCAAAAGACUAAGAAGAAGACUGAGAGGAAUCCGUCACCUUAUGAUAAUGUUCCUGACGAGAAAAUGGCUGAGGUUGUAGUGACAUGUGAAAGACAUCAAUCGCAUCAGAGUUUAUCGAGUAGUACAAGCAUCACUAGUUCAAGUAAUUGGGAACAAGACAAUAAGCCGCCACCUCUACCGCCAAAAAAGAAACACAUCAUGGCGUACAUGGAGAUGUUCGGCAACUGCUCUCACACAAACGACCAGGAAUUCAUGAGGCACUCGGUGCACAUGGUUCAGUCUCAGUACGUACAACCCUUCGAUUCAGGAUUGCCAACCACGCAGUCUUGUUCCUUCAGCCAUUCAUCACAUAGUUCCAGUCGAACAUCACACACUCACGUACAAACUCUUUCGGUACCAUCCAGAUCUGAGGGAAGAUCUCCGUCGCCCAUUCACAUUCCAAAUUCUACAAUAUCCUCCUCACCCAACACAUCCAGCCUGCCACCAGCUCUACCCCCCAAACAGCGUUCACGCAAAUCUUCCGUGAAAACCCCGCCUCCCACACCUCCCGGAACAGUUAUAUCCGAACCUAAGUCUCCUCUACCCUCCAUAAAAGCCUUGCCCGAUCUCUUAGAGCACACCACCAAAACCGAAGAGAAAUCCGAAGGUAGCACGCCGUCUUGUGAGGAAGAUUUGAUGGAGUUGUUGAACGUCGAUCAGUACUUGCUGUGGAAGAAGCCUGAAGAAGAGGGUCCGGAUAUUCGGGGAGGGCCUAUCGACGCGCUCAUCAUUCAAGCGACAAAGGCUACUAAAAAUGGAGUGUUUGCCUAUCAGGAAGCCUUCCUAACAACUUACAGAACAUUCAUAUCUCCAAAUGAACUGAUAACAAAAUUGAUCCGGAGGUAUAAGUACUUUUACGACCAAGUGGAGAAAAAACCUCGAUCUCGAGAAGCUUUUGCCCUGAUUGUGAGGGUUGUCAGUGACCUUACUGCAUUAGAUUUAGAACAAGAACUACAAGAGAAACUAAUGAAUUUUGUACAACAGUUGAUAUCGUGUGGCGAACUUACUCUUGCCAAAGCGCUCAGAGUUAAACAUUUGCAACGUUAUGAGGCCAAACAGAUGUCGGAGAAGCAUACGAAUGUCGUAACCAGUCUCAGUCUGAACGUUAGAAAUUUCACCUUGUUGGAUUUCAAGUCUGAGCAAAUUGCAGAACAAAUGACAUUACUGGAUGCCGAACUAUUCAUGAAGAUCGAAAUUCCUGAGGUGCUGAUUUGGGCGCAGGAACAAAAUGAGGAGAGGAGUCCUAAUUUAACUAGAUUCACGGAACAUUUCAACAAAAUGUCUUACUGGGCUAGGACAAAAAUCUUAACAGCGGAAGGAAAGGACACCAGAGAAAGAUACUUCACCAAGUUCAUCAAGAUAAUGAAGCACUUGAGAAAAAUCAACAACUUCAACUCUUACUUGGCGCUAUUGUCGGCUUUAGAUUCUGCUCCAGUUCGCCGUUUAGAGUGGCAAAAGCAGGUUCAAGAGAGUUUGAAGGAGUACUGCGCACUUAUCGACAGCUCGUCUAGCUUUAGAGCUUACAGAAUAGCGUUGGCCGAAACGCUACCUCCCUGCAUACCUUACAUUGGACUGGUUCUACAAGAUUUGACAUUCGUGCACAUAGGAAAUACCAAUUUGUUGCCUGACGGCACUAUAAACUUUUCUAAGAGAUGGCAGCAGUUCAACAUAGUGGAGAAUAUGAAAAAAUUCAAAAAGUCGAGUUACACAUUCAAAAAACAGGAAAAGAUCAUCAGCUUUUUCCAAAACUUCGAUGACUUCAUAGUUGAGGAUGCCAUGUGGAAAUUGUCGGAAACUAUAAAACCCCGUGGUAGGAAACUACCCCACUGAAUUUAAGACUAAAAGCAAUAACUAACGAUUUUAGUGCAAUUAUUAUGUUUAAAGCUAAACGUAUUGGUUUAAGUAUGCAUUUGUUGAAGGUUGAAAUGUUUGCUCUAACCAUUUUUUUUUCGAAAGUGAAGCACCAGAAAUAUGAUUCGCAUUUGUAUUUUAAAAAUUAAAUUGAAUUGGAAA